AUGAGGGUGAGGUCGAGGAGCGCCCUGAAGCGAUUCAACCCCAAGCAAGCGAGAGAGACGCAAGCGGAGAGGAACGAGGCGCGGCGAAUUCUAGAAAGCGGCCCCGUGGACCUGGAGUCUCUGCAACUGGCCUACCCGCCCCGAACCACCCCUGAGUUCGUCUUGAAGAACGGCUGGUGCCCCCCGCCGGAAUCGAAGCCGGAUCUCCCCUUCCAGGUGGCGAGAACAGGAAAGGGUGGCUUUAUCCCGGUUUACCGAGACAUCAAGAACGGCCGCACCCGAACAGUCACCAUCGUCAAGAAGGCGACAGGGGACAUGAAGGCGUUUACGUCCGAUCUGUCCAAGGUCUGCCAGGGGGGUAAAGUAGAGGCUAGGGGAGGGGAGCUGAGGAUCGAGGGAGAUCACGCGACGAACGUCAAGAGAUGGCUGUCCGGACUUGGUUUUUGA